AUUACAAUAAUAAAUUAUCCAAUUUUCCAUCGUUCCCAGUUCUCAAGAGUCACCGGCAAAUCGCCCGGGCACUCAACUGAACUUACUUUAAAAAAUGGUGACUCUCUCGACUCUCGCAGCAUCGAUCGGUCUCAAAUCCGUGGGAAUUUCGAAACCGUACUUUUCUCAACUCUUCAAUUCGAAUUCAAUUCCAUGGACUCUCAAUUCUCCUCAAUGGCAAUAUGAGAGUCUCAGAACACUCCUUUUAGAUCGCUUUUCCGAUUGCGUAAAGCUUCACAGACACUCCGAUUCCGAUUCCGGUUUAUUUACAGGAAUUAUUGAGGUUAAAUUGGAUAGGCCUGGAGCAAAAAAUUCCAUUGGGAAGGACAUGCUGAGAGGAUUGCAGCACAGCUUUGAAGCUAUAAAUAGGGAUUCUAGUGCAAAUAUUUUAAUGAUCAGUAGUUCAGUUCCCAGAGUGUUCUGCGCAGGUGCUGAUUUGAAGGAACGGAAGACAAUGAGUUCAUCUGAGGUUCAGGCUUUCGUGAACUCUUUGCGCUCCACUUUCUCAUACUUGGAGGCGCUUCAUAUCCCUACUAUAGCUGUUAUUGAAGGUGCAGCAUUGGGUGGCGGAUUGGAAAUGGCUCUAUCUUGUGAUCUUCGGAUUUGUGGAGAAGAUGCUGUGUUGGGCUUGCCUGAAACGGGCCUUGCUAUAAUACCUGGGGCAGGUGGGACGCAACGGCUUCCUAGGUUGGUUGGAAGAUCGGUGGCGAAAGAACUUAUAUUUUGUGGUCGGAAAGUUGGUGGCAGAGAUGCAGUUUCAAUGGGCCUUGUCAAUCACUGUGUUCCUGCUGGUGAAGCUCAUUUAAAGGCACUUGAAAUUGCUUGGAAUAUCAAUCAGAAGGUACAAGUCUGUAUGUCUCCAGAAUCUUCUAGAUACAACUGGGGUGCCAUAUGCGAUGCAUGGUCCAUUGGCAUUAAGGAUGGCAAAGCGAGCUAUUAAUGAGGGGCUCGAGGUAGAUAUGGCAUCAGCUUUGGCAUUGGAAGAAGAGUGCUACGAACAGCUUUUGAACACAAAAGAUCGCUUAGAAGGCUUGGAAGCAUUUGCUGAGACGCGAACUCCUAAAUAUACAGGUGAAUGAAAAAGAACAUAACCUAAUAACUUGCUUCUAGUGCUUUUGGUCCCUUGUGCCUAAUAUUAUCUAUUAUCAUUUAUCAUUUGAACUUGAGAGGACCCAAAUGCUGGCAGGCUCUAAUUUAUAAGUUAACGAGUUAACAAUUUUUGUAUCUUUCAAUCAUGUGGUGAGGAUAUUUGGGAUUUUGGGCAUGGACCAUGAUGUAUCAUUUGAGAAAGGCUACUUUAUAUUAGUAAAAGAGCUUCUUUAUAGACCUUUCACAUUAA